AUGAAAUUUGUGCACAACUGGAUACUCCUUUGCCUUGUAGCCUGCGGGAGUUCAUCCAAAAAUGCGCAACACCAUAGGGAAUACACCGUGAGACAGAAGAACGCGGUGGGGACCCCCCACCCCGCCAAGCUUUACAAAAAGUGUAAAAAUAAAAAGAGGCACUUCGGGGGCAGCCUGCAGAAUUUUACUAGCAGGAAAAGAGUCCCCAGGAGGGAAAGGAAAAAUGACAAAAGUGGCGCGCCAAGCAGGGGAGUGCCAAUCAGGAGAGUGACUAGCAAUGGAGUGCCGAACAACAAAGCGCUUCCCCACCGCGGAGCGUUUCUCCACAACAGAACGCUCCUCACCCAGGGAACGCCGCUUCCCAAAACGCGCUUCUCUCUGAAAAGAGGAAAAACAAGUGGCCAUUUGGGGCCCCUCCAACUGGGCAGCGCAAACGAGAAGAUAGACCCUUUUGUAGUGCCAAGCGACAUACAGCAGAGUGAAAUAAACGCAGAAAAAGGCAUCUUUUCGAGCCUAUAUUCCAAAAUGCUUGAAAAGAGUAAGCACAAAAAUAACAUAUUAAAUGAUGUGAGCAAACUGUUUAAGGUAAUCCGAGAGAGUAAGCACCUAUUUUUCGUGGGCUUCCUACUAACAAUAAUUUCGUCAGUAGUCGAUUCGUACAUUCCGAUCCUUCUGUCCAAAACGAUAACCUACGUGAUGAAUAAAAGUGCGUUGGUUGCCCAGACGAACCACAUGCCAGUUGUGAAUUCUUUCCUUUCCCAAUUCAAAUUGGAUAACCCCUUCUACGCAUAUGUAUCAGUUUCCCUGGUGAGCUUAUUACUCUCUUCCAUGCGGUCAUAUAUCUUUAACAUAUGCGCGUACAUAAGCACGAACAAACUGCAAAACUACCUAUUUAGAGUGCUGCUACAUAAGCACAUUAGCUACUUUAAGAAAAGGGGGAAAGGGGAAUUGAUCAGUAGACUCAGCAUCGACUCCUCUGAGCUAAUCGACAUAUUCACAACGAACAUUAUCGUUCUCCUACGUAAUGUAAUAAAAACAGCCUUGUCUUUUUAUUUUUUAUACAAAAUUAACGUGCACCUCUUUGUCGUGUCCCUCUUCAUCGUCUUAACAAUUAUUAACAUCUCAAUAUUUUUCUCUAGCAUAUUUCGAAAACUCGCAAAAGAAGAAAGCAACGUCGUGGCAUACUCAAACAAUGUCGUGGAAGAAUCCUUCGAGAACUUCUCCCUCAUAAACAGUUUCAACACACAUAGUAAAGAGAUUGCCAAGUUUAACCGCUCCUUGGAUGCAAUACAUAUGAGCAGAAUGAAAUUAGGUCUCCUCUACAUCAUAGAGAAGCUCCUUAUCCGGUCAAUCGACUUGAUUACAUUUAUCGUCACCCUCAUUUUAAGCAAAAAGAUGCUAAAGGGUAACAUCCACGUGGAUUCAAGGACUGCCAUCUCGUCAGUUAUGUACAUGCAAAACAUUAUUGCACAGUCGUGCACCAUAGAACAGCAGUAUUCCAGGGUGCAGGAACUCAUAGGAAAUGCCGAAGAUAUUAUCAAGUUGAUUGAAAAGGACUCGGCCCGUGGUAACCCCAACAAGUUUACAUCCCCCAAGUGUACUCCCCUAAAUUGGCUAAACUUUUUGGACUUAAAAAAUACUAUCUUUAAAUACUCCCUUAUCAAAAAAUUUCAAGCCAUCCAAAAGAACGCCGAAUACGUUGCCACUGUUAUUAGGCCCAAUUAUUUAAAACUCUUCGAAAGGAACUAUAACAACUUGCGAAAGUUUUUGCCAGACGAGAGAUGCGGCGGCUGGAAGGACGAUCCGGGGGGGGGCACCCCCUGGGUAGAGGCCAAACGGGUUGAAAGUUCCACUCCUGGGGGUUGUCGCGACUACUUUGGGAAUAAUCGCCAAGUGGGCACAAAUAGGGCGAAUGACCCCACAUGUAAUGGAUUCCCCCCAAGGGAUCCCCUCCCAGAGGGGGCAACCCGGGACAUUGCGCCUAACGCGGGGCAGACGGGGGAAGACCCCAUUACAAUGUUGAAGGGAAAGCUUCACUCCGUCUCUCCCCCGUUUGCCGCUCCCUCUCCCACUGCUCCCCCCCCACCGCUAACCACCGCGGAGCAUACCCCCAACGGGGGAGAAAAGCUUACCCCCAAAGUAAAAAAAAACAAACCCCAAAUGAACAUGCAAGAAAUAUACAGCUUCAUAAAAAACGACCACGAACUCAUAAUCAAGCAUAAGCUAGACAAACAUUUUAUACAUUUCUUGAAAACGAAAUAUAAGAAAAACAUCAUUUCGCUGAUUCUGAAGCUGUUCGAAGAGAGACACCACCCUGUGAGUGAGGAACUCCUCUUUAUGCUUGACAACAUCGGCUCUUUUAAGAGGCUGUCCAUGCAGGAUAAAAAAAGCAUUUUAAAAAUGAGCAACAUAACGAACAACACGCUGUACGUCGUCCUGCUCACUUUCCUCUUUUACAACUACUCCAAGUUUUACUACAAGAGGAAGAAAAGGACUCCGGUCAAUCUGCUGGAGAAGAAGUCGAAAGUGGGCUUGGCCGCCUCAACCGCGAGUGGCACCUCCUGCGGUGACUGUGCAAACGAUGUGGACCACGUAACCUUAGAUGGCAUCAACAUGAAUGAUGUGCUCAGCGACACCACCAUCACGGAGAUGCACCAUGAUGGGGUGCAAAACGGGGACAACAACGAAGACGGCGCAAAAGAUGAGGCCAGCACAGUGACCAGCUCAGGCGAUAAAGAAAACUUGGACGACAACGAAAACUCGGACGACUCGCUCACACACACCGAACUGAAUGCCCCCACCCAAACUGACGAUGCCGUAGAAACAGCCUCCAACUUGCGCGCAACUGAAUGCAGCCACACAAGUGAUGACGAAAUUUUAAAAAAUAAAAAACUGAAAAAAAAAAAAAAAAAAAAUCUCCAUAACAUACUUCCCUACAUUGUGCAGAACGCAAUAAAAGAAUUAGAAAUUUUAAAAUUUAUCGAUGAAAAUUACAAACACAUAAACGAAAAUUUAAUUCUGGAUAACAUCAAAGACGACAAAAAGGGGAGCAGCUUAAUUUUCGAAAACGUAGAUUUCUACUAUGCAAAAUUUCCAAAAAAUAAAAUUUUGUCAAAUAUUAAUUUGAACUUCACAAAUAAAUACACCUACGGAAUUCUCUGCUACAACGACUCGGGGAAGGAUGACCUCUCCAAGUUGUGCACACGCCUGUAUACCAAAACGUAUGGGAGCAUUCUCCUAGACAAUGAAAAUAUAGAAAACAUCUCAAAGUACAUUCUGACGAGGAAAAUCUCCCUAGUGGAGGAAGACACCUACCUGUUCAGCGACAGCAUAAUCUACAACAUACUCUACUCCUACAAUUGCAGGACGAAGGCGAAUAAAUAUCUCUCCUACUUCAAUUACACCUUCGGGUUAAAUAAAAACAGCAUAAACAGCUGUGUACAUUUGUUCCCCUCAGAUGGUGACCUCCUCGGGGAGAAUAACGAAAGGGCUGAGAAAAUGCUGAAAGGAACAAAUCCCCCCAGUAAAGGAGAUCCUUCGCGUGCGGAAGCCGAAACGACGCAGGCGAAGUACCCCUCCCCUCCAUUUAAAAAAUGCCUCAUGUGCGGGGAUGACGUAAAUACGAAACAACUCGAUGAGCAAAAAAAAAAAAAAAAAAGCUACAACAAAUAUAAAGUACAUUUCGUGAAGAAGCUAUAUAAAGAAAUUAUUAAAGUUUCCAAAAUUGUCUGCAUACACGAUUUGAUCACUUCCUAUAAGGACAAAUUUUUUCACAACAUUAAUGAGAAAACACUCUCAGGGGGACAAAAGCAAAAAAUUUCCCUAGCUAGGGCUAUCAUAAAAAAGCCAAAAAUACUCAUUUUAGACGAAGCAUUUAGCGCCCUCGAUUCUGCAAAUGAGUUGAAAAUUUUCUCAAGCAUAAAAAGUUACCUGCCCAACUCGACCAUCAUAAAUCUUUCCCAUAAAAUUACGACAAUUGAUCGGUGCGAUUACAUUUAUGUUUUGAAAGACGGGAAAAUUAUCGAGCACGGCUUAAGGACCAAACUGAAGGAGAACAAAAACAGCGAGUACUCCAAAAAGAUGAGCGAGUUUUAGCAGCCCGGGGGGAGGGGCGUGAGAGGCGUGAUAGGCGCGAUACGCGUGAGGGGAGCGUAUGCCCCACUUUUCUCCCAAUUCGAAUGCACCAUACGAUUUCGCUUUUCAGUCUGCACUUCCUACACGUGUGCCUCUCAUUUAUGGCGCAUUAACGUGUGACCCUACAGCAUAUCAGCCAAUCUUCCCCCAACUCCACUCCUCCACGUAUUCCCCUCAUUUGCGUUUG